AUGUCGAAUCUCGACACUGAGAUGUGGGCGUGGUACGCCCUGACCCUGGUGGUGGUUCUCUCGAGAAUGAUCUCGAGAAGAAUGCUGCUGGGAUCAUGGAAGAACAUGUUGGCUGAUGAUUACCUCAUGGUUUUCACGAUGAUCACAUACACAAUAUUGUUGGUCAUUGUCAAAGUGUUGACCUAUACACCAACCAACCUCAUCCAGCCCGGAGAAAAGGUUGAUCUCAAUGACAAGCAAAACAUUGCCGACAGGCAAUAUGGAUCCAAGCUCGUCUUGGUGACUGAGCAGAUGCAGAUGUUUACGCUUUGGGGAGUCAAGGGCUGUCUCUUGUUCAUGUACGGCCGACUGACUUUGAGUUUGCGGCAAAACUUCUUUGUCAAGAUCGUUACCGGAUACGUGGUCUUGGGAUUCGUCGUGAUGCAGAUCCUGUGGUUUGCCGCUUGGUGCAGACCCUUCAGCCACUACUGGCAAGUUCCGCCUGAAGAUUUGAACUGCUCGGCAGAGACCAAUCACAUGAUUACCAACGCCGUCAUGAACAUUUCUUCCGACAUUAUGAUUAUCGCCCUUCCGAUGCCGGUGUUUUUGCAGUCGCAGCUUGCCAUCAAGAGAAAGGUUGUCCUGUGCGCUGUCUUCGCACUGGGAAUCUUCACGAUCCUGGCAGCUGCUCUCAGCAAAUAUUACAGUCUUGGAGAUCCAUACGGCAGCGAGUGGAUCUACUGGUACAUCCGCGAAGUGUCCACAGCCAUCAUCACCGCCAACCUUCCCCUCACAUGGACACUACUUCAACGCGUCUUCAGACUGGGCUCUUUCGCUGCCAGAUAUGGCAAAUCGUCAGGCCAGCGCACCGGCGAGGCUACUUCCCGCUUCAGGUCGAACUACGGAAAUCUCACCAGCGUUACACGUGAGGAACGAAGAACGAGGUUGGGGACAAGCCAUGAGCCAGGACUCAGCAUCUCGGAGAGUCAGGAACAGAUCAACAGCGGAGACAGCAUUCCACUCAAGAUUUACCAGAAGAACGAAGUCACUGUUACGACGAAUGAGUUGGAAACUGGUCGUCGGGUUUCUUCACCGACAGAAACGCAAGCCGGACUCGACAGGGCGGCGUUUGGGGAGGAGCAUGGCCAGGCGAGCAGCACGAAUGGGGAUAAACCCGCGAGUGAGAUUGAGCUGGGUGUUGUUACAAAAGCAUAUCACGGAGUCUGA